AUGACGCGCAGCUUCGGCGACGAUGAAUUACAACGCCUUUACGAAAAAGCGGAGUUUAAUAGAGAGCACAAGGAGGUAAAGAAAAUCGAGAAAAGAAUUAGAAGUUUAGUUGACGAAAUCUCUGCCCACAUAGGCUGCGAGGAUCCACUUUUUAAGAACUUUGUAAUCCCCAGCGGAAGUUUUUAUGAAGAUCUUAAAGUUGAAGGACCCGAUGAAUUCGAUUUUAUGAUUUGUUUGGAGGAGCUUUCCAAUCCUGGUGUUUGUGUUACGAAGGAUAUUGCCAUGAGACCGGUUCCCGAUCCCGGCUACGUAGAUGUUCAGAUGUCCAACAAAGAUUAUCGUAAUCGGUGGCAAAGGUAUAUUUCCAGGCGAGGAAAUCUCAAACCUGAUGUUCUCUUGAGAAGAUUUAAACAACUCAUCGAGGAAGCCAUAGCUAAGCGAAAGCGGUCUUCCAGGGAUGAGUUAGAUGAAUAUGUCAAUAUUCAGCACAGAAAAAUCCCGAUAACGAUCAAGGUUACAUGGCAUGGCAAGGAGUACUUGAACUAUGAAGUAUCUGUGGAUUUAACUCUGUGUAUCAAAAUGUCAGGAUGGCCGGACACUUCAGAUAUAAGGGAACGAGUCAGCAGGAGUCACCCUGGAUAUGAAGCGUUCAGAGAGGCUGUAGCUGAGGGUUAUCAUCUCGUGGCGUCAACUAUUGGAGAAUCCGGCAAGGCUCGGCCAUGUUGGCGUUUAUCGUUUUCAAUUCCCGAGGGAGUUAUACUCAAGCACAUCUGCAAGAAUCCGAACCUCAUUAAUAGCGUGACGCUUAAGGUUCUCAAGGUGUUGCGGAAGGAAAAUGAGGCUUUUUUAUGUCUUUUUGAAAGCCCUGGUGACAAGUUGGCGUCUUUCCACAUAGCAUGGGUGUUCCAUUCGUAUGUAUUAAAGACAAUGUUGUUAAGGGAAUGGACUGAUUUUCCGGAAGAUUCAUAUUGGACCAAAGAUCAACUAGGAAAACGAGUGAAGAGCAUUUUGGAAAGGAUUCGAAGUAGUGUGGUUCGCAAAGACAUUCAAAGUUUCUGGGUUCCAGGUUAUAAACUUUUUAAUUUCCGAGCAAGAAAGCCAACCAACACGAAACAUUGCGUGAACAACCUUGGCAUUCUUUUAGAUAAACUAGAUCUUUCUAAGUCAUGUAAGCAUGUCGCAGAAUUCAGUGUCCCUAAAUAUACCCCUAAGUCACCAAUAGAUAUAGAAACAGUAGAUCCUAUGGUACGAAACAUUGCGUGAACAACCUUGGCAUUCUUUUAGAUAAACUAGAUCUUUCUAAGCCAUGUAAGCAUGUCGCAGAAUUCAGUGUCCCUAAAUAUACCCCUAAGUCACCAAUAGAUAUAGAAACAGUAGAUCCUAUGGAUCCUGUGGAUUUUGUAGAACCUACAGAUUUUGCAGAUCCUGAAGAUUUUGUAGUAGAUUUUGCAGAUCCUGAAGAUUUUGCAGAUCUUGAAGAAUUUGCAGAUCCUGAAGAUUUUGUAGUAGAUUUUGCAGAUCCUGAAGAUUUUGCAGAUCUUGAAGAUUUUGUUGAUCCUUCAGAUUUUGCAGAUCCUGAAGAUUUUGUAGAUCCUAUAGAUUUUGCAGAUCCUGGAGAUUUUGUAUAUCCUGAAGAUUUUGUAGAUCCUUCAGAUUUUGCAGAUCCUGAAGAUUUUGUAUAUCCUGAAGAUUUUGCAGAUCCUGAAGAUUUUGUAUAUCCUGAAGAUUAUUUUUAG